CGUGACGCUCGGACGACCGCACACACUCGACGACUCUUAUCAGUUAUCAGGAAACAUGGAACGCAGCCCCAGCACACAGUUCGAUAAAUACACAAAAAUAUGGAGUGGUCCGAGGCCGGCGCAUUUCUUUGACGCCGACUGCUCCAUUGGCAAAAUACUAUUUGCGUUUAUGCGCAAUCAUCCGGCGAACUUGUGUCAGAUUUCCGAUACGGAAGGCACUGCUUUAACCAAUGGCGAGGCCAUCAGCUUUGCCAUACGCAUUGCUCAGCAGCUGAAGGCGAUGAAUUUGCGGCAGGACGAUGUGGUUGGGAUUGCGGGCACAAAUACCACAUAUCUAAUGCCAGUGGUGCUCGGUUGUCUGCUCAACGGAACACCCUUUCAUGCAGUCAGUCCUUGGCACGACGAAGCGACCUUCAAGCAUUUGUUUUGCAUCACCCGACCUCGAAUUAUAUUCUGUGAUGGUUUGGUCUACGCGCGACUCAGCGCCAUUGCCAAAAUGCUCAAGGCGCCUGUCUAUACGCUCAAGGAUCAUCGACUGCAGCUGCCGCGCAUUGAGGAUCUGCUGGAGCCCACCAAGCAGGAGUUGUACUAUGUACCGGAAUCACUGAUGCUGGGCGGCGAUCAGACGGUGGCCAUUCUCUGCACCUCCGGCACCACUGGGCCGCCGAAAGCGGUUUGCAUAUCCAACUCCGCUUGUCUGUUCGAUUUUGGCUUUGUCACCGGACAGGAUGUGUUGCUGUCGUUUAGCACGAUUGACUGGGCGCCCGGUUUGUUCAACAUGCUCUUCAGUUGCUGUCACGGCUCGACGCGCUGCAUCACCGAUCGCUCCUAUACGCCGGAAUAUAUGCUACAGCUGAUCGAGAAGUACAAGGUCACGCUGCUGACUGUGGCGCCGCAGCAGGCGGCAUCACUCCUGAAGGCACCCACUCUCAGCAAACUGAGGUUGAGCAGCGUGCGAUUCAUCAGCAUUGGCGGCGGCAAUUGCUAUGUGGCCAAUCUGCUCAAGCUGCAGGAAUUCCUGUUGAAUGGCCAAAUCUCGUAUGGCUAUGCGCUAACCGAAUGCGGUGGCGUUGCGGCCAAUAUGGGAGUGGCCAAGCCCUCGUCCGUGGGCCGAAUUGUGCCGGGCGUCAAGGUAAAAAUACUGGAUGACGCCGGUCGCAGUUUGGGCCACGGCGAAACUGGUGAGAUUCUCGUGCACAAUAGCAAAGUGUGGAAUGGCUACUAUGGCAAUCCGAGUGAAUCGAAGCGAAUGCAGGACUAUCAAGGCUGGUUCCACACCGGCGACAUGGGCUACUUUGAUAACGAGAAUUUCUUGUACAUUGUGGAGCGCAAACGGGACAUGUUGCGCUUCCAUGGCGCUCAAUAUUGCCCCUUCGAACUGGAGCAGGUCAUCGCUGAGCUGCCGGAUGUGAUAGAGGCCUGCGUCUUUGGACUGUGGAAUGAGGUCGAUGGCGACCCGGCUGCAGCCGCUGUGGUCAAGAUACCCGGCAGUCGUCUCACCGAAAUGGAUAUUGUCGAGUAUGUGGCGAGGCGUCUGGUGGUCACCCAUAAGCAGCUUCACUGUGGCGUCUUCUUUCUGAACGAACUGCCCAAGACGGGCAGUGGCAAAGUGCUCCGCCAGCAGGCUCGCGAUCAGGCACUGGGCAAAGAGUGGAACGACCAUCGAAAUGGGCAUUAAUCGUUUAUUGUGCUGGCAAUAACUCUUAGCACUUUAAGGCAUUUUAUUUAUUAGAUUACUCACACAUUCCAGUAUUCAAUUAUUCUUAUUGUUUUUGUUGUUGCUCUUCUUGAUUGUGGGCCAUAUUCAAGUACCUGAAAAAAAGAUAGGAAACCUUCGAAAAUACGGCUGGGCAAAAAAAAAAUUUGUUUUCUAGAUAGUCGAAAUAAUUCAUUUUGGCCUUUGUUUUUGGUAUUAUCAGGUGCUUAUCUAUCAUUGAUUAGCCGCCCGCUUGCGAUAUGUUAGCACAUAAAAAACGCUUACAGCGAGGGCUGAACAAAGACAACAAAGUCAACAAUUAAUCAAAGGAACAGCCAGACAGAAAUAGUAUCGAAAAGUUACGUCGGGACUACUUUCUAGUCUUUGAUAGUUGAUAAUAUGUUAUGCAAUUUAAAGAGCCCAGUCUGAUAAGCAGCUAAACAGACUCCGUCAUAAGCACUCCGUCGAACAGGAACCGGUACUGCAACUUUACCGAUUGAAAUGCACAGCUUUAACCGGUAGCACAAUUCAUUAUUUUUUAUAGAGCCAGUUACUGGAAUCGAAAUUAUUUUUUCACUUAGUAGAGUAACGAGAAAAAUAUAUUGAAUCAAAUUCAUAAACUUCACCUAAAAUUUUAUAUUUUACAUACAAGAACCGGAACCGGAUCCGAAAUUCAAUAUUGUUUGACACCCUGGUCACAAAUGAUUUUAAUAGAGCUCUGUUAGUACACACUCUAAAAAGUUUUAGUAAUUUUAAGUCAAAUGUCAAAUAUCUGCUAUCUUAACAGGAAUUUGAGUCCGUUUUUUAACUGCCAAACUAUUUCAAUCAUAGUAGUUAAGUUCAGACUAUGUCAUUUAAUCAGAAUAACAUAAAAAUAAAUAAAUCUUUUAAAUUAAUAAGUCUAUCAGAAUCAAGAUUAGCAGAAGAUUAAUAAUGUAACUCAACUUAACUAAACUAUGAAGUUGCCAUUAUUUGUAAACAUUAUUAUCAAUGGAAGAAACUUAAAUUAAGAUUUGAAUCUUG